AUGUGUGGAAUCUUCGCCUAUCUCAACUACCACGUGCCAAGGACUCGCCGUGAGGUCCUUGAAAUACUCCUGAAAGGCCUACGACGUCUGGAGUACCGAGGCUAUGACUCUGCAGGUGUGGGUAUUGAUGGUGGCAAUGCCAAGGACUGGGAGACAGCUGCCAAGAGCAUCACAUUGAUUAAACAGCGUGGAAAAGUGAAGGCCCUUGAUGAGGAGAUCCACAAACAGCAAGAUCUCGAUCUCGAGGUUGAGUUAGAUGUUCACCUUGGCAUUGCUCACACCCGCUGGGCCACCCACGGAGAACCAAGUCCAGUCAAUAGCCACCCGCACAGAUCAGACAAGACCAAUGAGUUCAUUGUCAUUCACAAUGGAAUUAUCACCAACUAUAAAGAUUUAAGGAAAUUCCUGACAACCAAGGGCUAUGAGUUUGAGUCGGAGACCGACACGGAGUCCAUUGCCAAGCUGGUGAAGUAUAUGUACGACAACCGUGAGAGCGAUGACAUCAGUUUUGCCACUCUGGUGGAAAGGGUAACACAGCAACUGGAAGGUGCUUUUGCUCUGGUCUUUAAGAGUGUUCAUUACCCUGCUGAGGCAGUUGUCACAAGGAGGGGCAGUCCUCUUCUGAUUGGCGUGCGAAGUGACCACAAACUCUCAACAGACCAUAUUCCUGUGGUCUACCGCUCAUGUAAGUGCCGUUUGACGCUAUGUUUGUCGGCAAAAGAGAAAAAGAACUGCAGUUCCCUCCCCAGAGUCGACCAGGACACCUGCCUGUUCCCUGUGGAUGAGAAAGCUGUUGAGUAUUACUUUGCCUCUGAUGCAAGCGCCGUUAUAGAGCACACAAAUCGGGUCAUCUUCCUAGAGGAUGAUGAUGUGGCCGCUGUGACCGAAGGAAGGCUGUCCAUCCAUAGGAUAAAACGCCGAGCCGGAGAUUACCCUGCCCGUGCUAUCCAGACUCUUCAGAUGGAGCUGGAGCAAAUCAUGAAAGGCAACUACAGUUCCUUCAUGCAAAAGGAAAUCUUUGAACAGCCAGAGUCUGUGGUCAACACCAUGAGAGGACGUGUUAACUUUGAUGACAACACAGUGACCUUGGGCGGACUAAAGGACCACAUCAAAGAGAUCCAGAGAUGUCGACGCUUGAUCCUCAUCGCAUGUGGCACUAGCUACCAUGCCGGCGUCGCGACCCGUCAGGUCCUAGAGGAGCUAACAGAGCUGCCCGUCAUGGUGGAGCUGGCCAGCGAUUUCCUGGACAGGAACACGCCCGUCUUUCGAGAUGACGUUUGCUUCUUUAUUAGCCAGUCAGGGGAGACUGCUGACAGCCUGAUGGCCCUGCGCUACUGUAAGGAAAGGGGGGCUUUGACUGUGGGCAUCACGAACACAGUGGGCAGCUCCAUUUCUCGGGAGACUGACUGUGGAGUUCACAUCAAUGCCGGGCCUGAGAUCGGCGUGGCAAGCACUAAGGCCUACACAAGUCAGUUUGUGGCCCUGGUCAUGUUUUCUCUGAUGAUGUGCGCCGAUAGAAUUUCCAUGCAGCCAAGACGUCGCGAAAUCAUCCAGGGCUUGAAGGUGCUUCCAGACCUGAUCAAGGAGGUCCUCAGUUUGGAUGAUGAAAUUCAGAACUUGGCAACUGAGCUGUACCAGCAGAAGAGUGUACUGAUCAUGGGAAGAGGCUACCAUUAUGCGACCUCCUUGGAAGGAGCUCUGAAAAUCAAGGAGAUCACAUACAUGCAUUCUGAAGGCAUCCUGGCUGGGGAACUGAAACAUGGCCCUCUGGCACUUGUGGACAAUCUCAUGCCUGUCAUCAUGAUUAUCAUGAAAGACCACACGUACGUCAAAUGUCAGAACGCCCUGCAGCAAGUCGUCGCCCGCCAGGGCCGGCCAAUCGUGAUCUGCGACCGGGACGAUUACGAGAGCAUGAGCAACUCGUGCCGUACCAUCAAAGUGCCUCACUGCGUGGACUGCUUGCAGGGCAUUCUGAGCGUCAUACCUCUGCAGCUGCUUUCCUUUCAUUUAGCUGUGUUGCGGGGCUACGACGUGGACUGUCCAAGGAACCUGGCCAAGUCGGUGACAGUGGAGUAA